AUCCGUAUUUGUUGUUAUAAUCUUGUUAUUUACUCAAGUAAAUUAUAAUUUACAAGUUAUUGAUACUCAGAUUUCGAUGAUCGCAUGUUAAAAAAUGGACUAAAAACUGAAUGUUAUGUUCUUUGGAAUAGAUUGAUUCUACAAAAAGACUUAGAGUCUCGCGCCGGUGUUGAAUUUAAAAAUGUUGACUACGAAAUGAAUCGUUAUGGACGAACAACAAUCUGUGUCCGAAAGCGUAGAGACGAGUUCAAUAUGUGAAGAAGAGCGGGCGAGGAAGCUGUUCCAAGCCUGUGAUGGCGAUGGCGAUGGUUACAUCGAUAGUCGAGAUCUGUUGACUAUUUGUCGUCAGUUAAAUUUAGAGGAUAGUGUCGAUGACUUGAUGAAAGAAUUGGGUGCUGAUAAAUCUGGUCGUAUAUCGUUUGAUGAGUUUGUUAGACGUCGUUUGGAAUUACGAACAGAAAUCAAUGCACUUCGUGUCCAUAUCUAUGACCCAUUACCUGAAUACUUGCCUACCAGUAGUGAUAAUAGUUUGGGAGCAUUAUCUGGUGGCAAACAUGAAAGCUGGGAAUUUGAUAGUGGUGCCAGAGAUCUAAGUCCUGAACCAAAUUCUGUUCGUAUGCAAAAUCUACUACAAACGGGAGGAUCAGCUAACUCUGGAAAUUUACUACAUCUUGCUAAUAAAUUGCAUUUGGCUGCAUUGAAGUCAUUGAAAACUGAAAUAUCAGAUUUAACUAAACAAUUGCAAUUGGCCAAUGAAAAAAAUGAUAUUCUUGAAACAUCUAUAAAUCAAAUCAAAGUUACAACAGAAAUUGAUAUAAAACAGAAAUACGAAGAAAGAAUAACUGAAUUGCAUUCAGUUAUUGCUGAAUUAGCCCGUAAGUUACAAGUUCAAAGAUCUCAGAUUAUUACUGAGGAAAUAGAAGAAAGCCAAUCAGAAAUUGAUGCUCAAAGUAUCGAAACAUCCUCAUUUAUUCAAGAAUCUAUUGUUUUAUCUAAAGAAGGUGACUGUGUAGCUUGUUCUGAUGACCAUAAUAUACAUACUAAAUUGGCUUUAAAAGAAGAAGAAUUAGAGAAAACAAGACACAAUUUGAAAGAAGUAACUGAUGAAAAAGAAGAAUUAAUAUUAAAGUCACAGGAUACAGAAAGCAGUUUUUCAUCUGGUCCAAUGUCUCCAUCUCGUUUAUUAAUAGAGACAUCUAAAUUAGCUGAAAAAGUAAAACUGCAAAAGCUUAUUGAAGACAGUGCAGAAGUCAACCUUGAAGGCACUAGCAUCUGUCAAAAGGCUAUAGCUGAACGUCUUGCAUCGGCUGCGAUUUCUGAUUGUAAUUUAUUAGAAUCUGAAGACAAAGAAGUUUUAAUGCGCCAAGUUGAACAAUUGCAAACACGUUUAGACCACGUACGCUCACAAAUGGCAGUUCUUGAGCUUAUGUUUGAACAAUCAGCUGCUCAAACUGAUAAGUUAUAUUUAAUAUUGGGAAAAUAUGAAUCAAAUAUGAUUGCACUAAAAUUAGAAGUAGAAACAAGUGAAGAAAUAAUGAACUGUUAUUCAUCUUUAUUGUCCAUCUACGAUGGUUCAGCGAAUGAAGAAGAGAAAAUGAUGAAAGAUGAAAUCAUAGAGUUGUUGCAUAAUUUAGAUGAAGAAAAGAAAAAAAUUGGAUCAACGGUAGUUGCUUUAGAAUCGUAUCAUUGUGAAGAAGAAACAAUCAAACCAAGAAGUCGUAAUCAAGUAACUCGCAUUGAUUUAGAAAUGGCAGUUCUUGUACAAGAACUAAUGGGGAUACGAGAAGAAAAGAGUGAACUUCAAGAACGUUAUGUAGCAUUGCAAAAACAUAACUGUGAAUUAGAAAAACGUUUGGCUGAAUGCGAAGAACGGUCUAAAAUAGAUUUAGAUACAAUUCAAGCAUUAGAGCAGCAAUUAUCAUCUGAAGAUUUUGAUAGUAAUGCUAGUAUAAAUGUUAAACUACAGAAACAGCUAAAAGAUGUUACAACAGCAUAUCAACUUGCAAUGAGAAAUUCUGACACUAGACAUAAGCAAAAUAUAACAUUGAUUGAAAAACUCCGCAAUGAGAAUACAACACUUGAACGGAGUUUGGAAAGGGCUAAACGCAAAUCUCAGUCACGUUUAAAGAAAUUGGAAUCUGAAAUUGAAAUUAUGGUCAGCACACACACUCUUCAGGUGAACAUUUUAAAAGAAAGAAUUGCUGUACUGGAAUCAACUAUUAUGAAUAAUGAGAUCAGUAAAAAAAACGAAACUACUUUAUGAACUUUAACAAACAUAGUUAAUUAGUUAUAAAUCAUAAAAUUUGUGCGAUAUUUUUUUUUUAUAUAUCCUUAGCUUGAAAUGAAUAAGCAUUGCUAGGCUUUACUUCAGUUCCUUUGAAUAUAUACGACUUAAGUACAAUAUAGUAAGUAAUA